CGAAUCUUUGGUCCGAACUGACCUUAAAGUGCACAGAUAGACGCGCGCGGGCGCACUCUCUCCAUGUCUCUCUUCCUCUGUCUUGCACACACACACUCAAGCACACACCCCUCUGGAUCGCAACCUCGCUGGAGAGGGGAUGGUUGGUCGUACAACAAAACGUGGAGUAUGUUAACGACUUCUUCGCCAUUAGACGUCGCACCACAGUUGGUAUAAAUAAUUUCAUAGCAUUACCUGCGAUUGUACCUUGCGGUUCCAGUGCUUUCUGGUUACCGGGUUUCUCUGACGGCAUGCGUCCACACAGUCUUGGCGUCUCGCUGGAUACCCAGACCGUGGCGAGGGAUUGACAUUCCCCAACACUGUUUGCGCCAACGAGAUGGAAGGCGCAAACAACAGCACAUAUCCAGACGUCCUGGACCGGAACAAUCAUACAACAGAAUUAUCUGAAGUUGCAUUAAGCUAUCAAAUUGUCACGUCGUUGCUUCUUGGUCUUCUAAUUUUAUGUUCCAUAUUCGGUAAUUCGUUUGUAAUCGCAGCAAUUGCCUUAGAGAGGUCCCUUCAGAAUGUCCAGAACUACCUGAUCGGGUCUUUGGCCGUUACGGACUUAAUGGUGUCGGUAUUGGUUCUACCUAUGGCAGCUUUGUAUCAGGUUUUAAACAAAUGGACUCUCGGGCAGGACAUUUGUGACAUUUUCAUAUCUCUGGAUGUGUUAUGCUGCACCUCAUCGAUUCUACAUCUGUGCGCAAUAGCCCUGGACAGAUACUGGGCUAUCACGGAUGCAAUAGACUACGUGAAUAAAAGAACUCCACGGCGAGCUGCAAUCCUGAUCAGUGUGACGUGGCUGAUUGGGUUUUCCAUUUCAAUACCACCUAUGCUGGGAUGGAGAAAGCCCGAGGAUCGGGCUAUCCCUGACGCAUGUACAAUCAGCCAAGACCCGGGAUACACCAUCUAUUCAACUUUCGGCGCGUUUUACAUACCGCUCAUCCUCAUGUUGGUUCUUUAUGGGAAGAUAUUUAAAGCAGCCAGGUUCAGAAUAAGGAAGACAUUCAAGAAAUCUGAGAAAGGAAAAAUAUCAGCGACGUGUUUUACCGUGUCACCUGUAAUCUUCCACAGAAAAACUACCGAAGUGACGUACAAUAACUGGAAGCAAAGCGUGGAGAGCCCGGGUGGCUUGUGCGUAAACGGCGCCAGAAACAGUGGAGAGAAAACAGAGUCGUUAAUUGAAAGCGACUCGAAGUGUCACCUGCCGCUUCCGAAUACACACCAAUCGGUACCGGAUUCUGAAAGACGGAAUGCGAAAAAUAUUGACGCCAAAAGGAAAAUGGCUUUGGCGAGAGAGCGCAAAACAGUAAAAACUCUCGGGAUAAUUAUGGGGACCUUCAUCUUGUGUUGGUUGCCAUUUUUCAUUGUAGCUUUAGUUCUGCCAUUCUGUAAAUUGAGUUGCUUUAUGCCAGACUGGCUAGGAGCAGUGAUCAACUGGCUCGGCUACUCAAACUCUCUCUUGAAUCCAAUAAUAUACGCCUAUUUCAAUAGAGACUUUCAAAAUGCAUUCAAGAAAAUUGUGAAAUGCAAAAAUUUCAGACCGAUCAUUUGUUAAUUUGAAACUCAUCUUUGGUAUUGUUAUGGGCACUGUAUUUCCGAAAUUAACAUGUUACUCAAUGUCAUGAAUUAGAAUGCAACAAACUGACCAACUGAGACAGAUCUAUGGUAUUGUGUAGAAACUGUUUGGUCGACAGCACACAAACACAUUUGAUGUGUUUCUGCAGAGGUGUGCAGGGACAGGAAUUUGGCCCUGAACUUGUCCACAAGGAUCA